AUGAAACGCAACAGUAGAGCUUCAUCGUCUGCAAAAACAUCCCGGAGUGAAGAAAAAACAACUGAAGUGAAGAAGAGAAAUGUUAAAACAGCCCGAAGGAGUUCCCAGACGGACUUCCCACGGAAAACCAGACAUAGAAAUUGCUUGUUGCAACCCAAAGAUGAUCCCCUUGAGGAGAGUAUUUGGCAUUUGGUGGGAGAAGAUGCAGCAGAUGCAAAAUUUCUCUGCCGGAAGUCUUCGGGGAAAAAAUCAGUGGAUACUGAAAGUUCCCCCGAGACACUGAGCGGUGAAGAGAAGCGUAAAAAAUUAGCAGAAGAAUGCGAGAAGCGUAAGAAGCAACUACAGGAAGUUGAUCAAUUGCGCAUGCGAAAGAAAGCUCCGGAAAAAUCUCUCUUUGACCCAGAUGAAGACACUCAGAUGCUCCUCCUUGAUCGUGCUUUCUAUGCAAAGCAGGAGCAAGAGGAGGAAGUGAAGCGAGCGAAUCGUUUAAUUCUCGCCACAAAGUGUCACGUUAUUCGUGAUGCCCAGAUUGCGGAGAAGAAUGAAAUUGAGCGAGAACUCCAGCAGGAGGAUACACGUUUGGAGAGAAUAAUGCUGGAGGAUCGUGAGAAAGCCCUCAAGGAGACCGAUGAACGUUUACAGAGGGAAAGGCAGCUGAAUGCCGUUCAUGCGGUGGAAUUGCAAAAGCAACUGGAGGAUCGUGAACGUGUUCGGUACCUCGAAGCGAAGCGCAUUGAGGAUGAAGCGAGGAAAUUGGCACGUGCCCAGAUUAUCCUUGAGCAGGAUGCUGCCCUGCGUGAACGGGAGCAACGUGAGAAGAGUCAGAAAUUGAAGCGAGAACUGCAGCAGGCAAAUGAGCUGAAUGAAUGGUUCCGGAGGAUGGAGUUUGAGCGACAGCGGAUUGAGGAGAUGCGCAUCCAGGAGUACAUGCGGAAGCGUCAACAGCGCGAGGAGAAGCUCGAAGAGGAACGUCGGCUGGCCCGUGAGAAACGUGAACGGGAGAAUGAUCGAAUGCUGAAGCAGCAACAGAAGGUGAUUGAUGCGGCAGUUGAGAGAUUCGAAGUUAUGAUUCGCCGGGAGCAGGAGCGAAAGGAACGAGAAUUUAGGCAGAGAGAGAAGGAAAAGGUGAUCCGGAGGAAGGAAGCAGAACAGACCAUACUUCAAGCACGUCAGAAGCAACAAGCUGAGGUGUUGAAGCAGAAAAUGGAGGAGAUUGAGAAAGAUCGCGUGGAAUAUGCCAAAGUCCUCGAGAAGCUGCAUGCUGAGGAGGCAAAGGAGAAAUCCCUGGAUAAGCAUCGACAUGCCGAGAGAGAAAAGUACCGCAGGGAGAUUAUUGAGCAAAUGAAGGAGCGCGAGUGUCUGCGGGAGAAGCUACGGGCACAGGCCAGGGAUGAAUUGAAUGCCCUCAAGGAAGCUGAAAGGAUGCGUGAACAAACCGUUCGGCAGGUGAUCUCCUCGAAAAUUAAUCAUAUGCGAACAAGCAAGAUUCCUGAGAAGUUUAUUCGGGACAUUGAAAGGCAGCUGAAGAUUGAAGAAAAUUAAUAAUUAAGCCAGGAAGAAAGCUUCCUGGGAUCAACAUUUCGUCACUUGUCGUAUUUGUAUUAAAACUUCAUAAAAAAAAUCUCAUGAAAAAUAUAUUUCUA